AUGGCUAAGAAGAUUACGUGGGAGCAGGUCGGGCAGCCCGCUUCACAGCUCCUUUCACCGGCCUUCGUCACCAACGCUGAGGGCCAGUUGGUCUUUACUUCUGGCUCGGUUGGCACCGAUGCCCGGGGCCAGCUGCCCUCCGAUCUGGAAUCGCAGUGCAGAAACGCGUUCCAGAACUUGAUUACUGUGCUAGACAAGAGUGGCUCGUCGCGCGAUGCGAUCCUCAAGGUGCUGCUUUUCAUCUCAGACAGCGCGUACGCCAGCACCGUGAACAGAGUAUACCGGGAAUUCUUCCCCAACCAGCCUGCCAGAAGCUGCAUCGUGGUUGCGUUCCCCAACGACGCACUCAAGGUCGAGCUCGAAUGCGUGGCUCAGGUCCGCCACAAGCCCCGGAGAUGGUUCAAGCUAUGA